GCCAGGGAGCAGCGUGCAUUGCGUUGCUUCCAUUGCAACACUGGGGUGUGGCGAAAACUACAGGCUGUUAAUAAAGAUCCUCGCACAGACUUCCUGGAUGUAUCAGACUAUUCCACAGCAUUCGACCCCGCCAUGUCUGCCGCUGAAUGGAAGAAGAGAUGUGAGGCUGAGUGGGGCCUGCAGGGCGCACCGAUGCCCGACAACCUGGACUGGAAGUCCGUGUGUGACGCCAAGCCGUUCGGGAGGAACUUGCUGAGGAACCCUGCGCCUCACGGAUUGAGUAAGGACACCCCCCCACCUGAGCCUGACCUGCCUGAAGUGCCAACACGUGGUCCUCCACGCUUUCAACCUGAGGGUGACUUCAGUGGCUGGACCACGAGCACGGAAGUCCUCCCCUAUGAUAGAAGUGGCAUCCCAGAAGGUGCUGUGAUCUGUGCACUGCCUCAAUACAGCUGGUUCUCCAUGGAGCAGGUUGUGGACCUGAAGGCAGAGGGACUGUGGGAGGAGCUGCUGGAUGAUUUUCAGCCUGAAAUAGUCAUCCAAGACUGGUAUGAGGAGAGCCAGCUGCAUGAUUCCAUCUACCAGCUGAAUGUGAAGUUACUGGGUGCAGACAAAAGCACAGUGCUCUCAGAGCACACGGUCAGUCCCACCGAGGACCGCAGUGCCUACUCCCACACCUGGAAGGAGGUGUCACAUGUGUUCUCUGGCUAUGGACCUGGGGUGAGAUAUGUCCACUUCCUGCACCGACUGAAGAACAGUUUCCUGAACGAGUUCUUCCCCACGCUGUUCACCGGCAGCUCAGUGAUGGUCAGACCAACCAGAACCAGCUCCUAGGCUGAAUCCUACUGAUACUGCAAUGUAACUAACCAGAUCAACACAUUUGCUUUUAGAAUAGUUGAUAUAGGUUUGAUUUUAAUACAAAUAAAACCAUUACAAAGUGUGCAAUCAUCAGUCAUUUGAUUUCCUUUGUAUGCUGAUUGUUGGGGUAGAUGUUGAGAGAUGUGUUUUAAUUUGACAUUUACUUUUAAGGUUUUUUCAAAAUAAAGGGGGGGAAGGAA